CUCCCAGCUGCUGCUGCUGCUCCAAAACCUCCUCCCGAGUCUGUGUUGCGUCGCACUCCCCCGUCUGUCACACCAGCUCCGAGGCAAAUCUGACGUGUUUUUCGCAUUUCCUGCACCAAAGAGAGAGAGCGCGCGAGAGAGAGCGCGCGCGCAAGGGGAGGCAGCCAGAGGUAUGUUCACGGGAAGUUGAGAUCAACAGCUGUGGCUGAAACCAGGCCGAGCACCGAGGAACCCACCGAUACGCACCCCGACGACUCCACCGCCGUAUUCCGCCCCUCCCUCUGCGCCUCUGCGGGCGGGUUGUUCGCGCUGCACCAGCCGCUGUCUGGUGGCAGCGGGCCGGGGGACUCGGACCCCCCCCCCCCUUCCAAUCGGCGGCGCAAUGCAACACGGGCCCCGGUGCGUUCACGGCACCACGCCGCUGCGGUUUGUUUUGAUUUUUUUUCCAACCACCCCUCGGAAGUAAAGACGGCGUGACUGGCUGGGGUCGCACCUGGAGGGGGGGUGGCACGGGGGGGGGGGGCUUUGCUGACUUCUGGGAGCUGUCCGUGUUUCUUCCGUAUUUGGAGCAUAUUCGACAAGUGUAGCCUAUAUGUAAAAAAAAAAAAGUGGCUCCGUAUCGUUUUCCAGCAACUGCCUGGAGGACCACCGGUUGAACAGAGCCGCUAUUAUUCUGUCGGAGGUCCCAUCAGAGGAGGCUGUGACCACCCCCCCCCCCCACGCGCUGCGCUGCCAUGGUGAUCUUCAACGGGAUGCUGAAGAUCCGGAUCCGCGAGGCGCAGGACCUCAAGCCCACGGCGUGGUCCCUGCGUCACGCCGUGGGCCCCAAGACCCCGAGCUUCCUGCUGGACACGUACAUCGCCCUGAACGUGGACGACUCGCGCGUGGGCCAGACCUCCACCAAGCAGAGGACCAACAGCCCCGCGUGGAACGACGAGUUCACCACGGAGGUCCACGACGGCCGCCGCAUCGAGCUGUCCGUGUUCCACGACGCGCCGAUCGGCUGCGACGACUUCGUGGCCAACUGCAUCAUCCAGUUCGAGGACAUCCUGCACAACGGGAGCAAGCACUACGAGGACUGGAUCGACCUGGAGCCCGAGGGGAAGGUGUACGUCGUCAUCGACCUGUCGGGGUCGUCAAGUGAAGCGUGCUCCACCGAGAAUGAGGAGCGCGUGUUCCGGCAGCGGAUGGGACCCAGGAGGCGGCAGGGCGCCGUCCGCCGGAGGGUCCACCAGGUCAACGGGCACAAGUUCAUGGCCACCUACCUGAAGCAGCCCACCUACUGCUCCCACUGCAGGGACUUCAUCUGGGGCGUCUUAGGAAAGCAGGGCUACCAGUGUCAAGUGUGUACCUGUGUGGUCCACAAGCGCUGCCAUGAGCUCAUCAUUACCAAGUGUGCGGGGAUGAAGAAGCAGGAGGAGACGGUGGAGGAGCCGCUGUGUUCUCAGAGGUUCAGCGUCAACGUGCCGCACAAGUUCAGCAUCCACAGCUUCAAGGUGCUCACCUUCUGCGACCACUGCGGCUCGCUGAUCUGGGGUCUGCUGCGCCAGGGCCUGCAGUGUAAAGUGUGUAAAGUGAACGUACACCGGCGCUGUGAGAGUAACGUGGCUCCCACCUGCGGCGUGGACGCCAAAGGGAUCGCUAAAGUCCUCGCCGACCUCGGGGUCACGCCGGACAAGAUCUCCAACAGCGCCCAGAGACGGAAAAAGCUCCCUCAGAGUCACGGCGCCCAGACGACGUCAUCGGAGACGCCCAAGAGGGAGGACGACCGCUCCAGGUCCGUCCCCACCUCGCCGUGCGACCAAGACGUGAACAUCCGGAAGGCUCUGUCGUUGGACCACCGCGGGCCGGAGCACAGGACGCACCCCCUCUCCUCCCCGUCGUCCGCCGUCGCGGCGACGACGGUGGGGGGCGGCGAAGCGGAGGCCGACGGAACCCGGGAGAACGGAGAGGUCAAAGGUCACGCCGCGCCCCUACUCAAGAGGAUGAACUUGCACGACUUCGUGUUCAUCAAAGUCCUCGGGAAAGGAAGCUUCGGGAAGGUGAUGCUGGCGGAGCUGAAAGGCAGCGACGAGGUGUACGCCGUCAAAGUGCUGAAGAAAGACGUGAUCCUGCAGGACGACGACGUGGACUGCACCCUGACGGAGAAACGCAUCCUGGCGCUGGCCAGGAAACAUCCGUACCUCACACAACUCUACUGCUGCUUCCAGACUCAAGACCGCCUGUUCUUCGUGAUGGAGUACGUCAACGGAGGCGACCUCAUGUUCCAGAUCCAGCGCUCGAGGAAGUUCGACGAGGCGAGGUCUCGUUUCUACGCGGCCGAGGUCACGUCCGCCCUGAUGUUCCUGCACCGGCACGGAGUCAUAUACAGAGACCUGAAGCUGGACAACAUCCUGCUGGACGCGGAGGGUCACUGCAAGCUGGCGGACUUCGGCAUGUGCAAAGAGGGGAUCCUCGACGGGGUCAGCACCACCACCUUCUGUGGGACGCCGGACUACAUCGCACCCGAGAUCCUUCAGGAGCUGGAUUACGGCCCGUCGGUGGACUGGUGGGCCCUGGGGGUGCUGAUGUACGAGAUGAUGGCGGGUCAGCCGCCAUUCGAAGCCGACAACGAAGACGACCUGUUUGAGUCCAUCCUCCACGACGACGUCCUCUUCCCCGUCUGGCUCGGCAAGGAGGCCGUGGCCAUCCUCAAAGCGUUCAUGACCAAGAGUCCCAGCAAGCGCCUGGGCUGCGUGGCGGCUCACGGUCUGGAGGAGGCCAUCAAGCUCCACGUGUUCUUCAGAGAGAUCGACUGGACGCUGCUGGAGCAGCGGAAGCUCCGCCCGCCGUUCAAACCUCGCAUCAAAACCAAAAGGGACGUGAACAACUUCGACCAGGACUUCACGCGAGAGGAACCCAACCUGACGCCGGUGGAGGACAACAUCGUCAAGCAGAUCAACCAGGACGAGUUCAAAGGGUUCUCCUACUGUGGAGACGAGACUGUGGGCUAGACACACACACACACACACACACACACACGCUGACACAGAUAAUGUAACAUGUUUACACACACCACACACACCACGGCAGAGAUGUAAUAUUUGA